AAAAAAAUGGGAUUUCUAGACAUCUUAAACAUAAUUUUAGGAGGUUAUGAUGGCUACGCAAGAAAAUUAAAGGGAAAAAAACUUGAAUAUAGUGUUGUUAUCUGUGCAGGUGUAGCAUUUUUGCUUUUCGGGUAUGAUCAAGGUGUCAUGAGUGGAAUCAUAACAGAACCAUAUUUUAUCAAAACCUUUCCACAUUUUGGAUCAGAUCCUGAUUUGAAUCCCAAGCAAGCAGUAAGUUCUAUGGUUGUCGCAAUUUAUGAAAUUGGAUGUCUUCUUGGUUCGAUUAUGGUUAUUUUCUUUGGUGAUGUAUUAGGCAGACGUCGAUGUGUAGUAAUCGGAACCAUUAUUAUGAUUAUCGGAGCAAUCGUACAAACAUGUAGUUAUCAAUUACGUGAUUUGAUAGCAGGUAGAAUCGUUACAGGUAUCGGAAAUGGUAUGAACACUUCGACAAUCCCGGUCCUUCAAUCUGAGAUGGCCCACAAGAGUAGAAGAGGCUUUUUGGUAUUGUUCGAAGGUGCUCUUAUUGCUGGUGGGAUUGCUAUCUCCUAUUUAGUUAACCUAGGAAUGUGGUAUAUGAAUAUGACUGAUGAAGAAGUUCCUCAUGCAAGCGCACAAUGGCGUUUCCCAUUCGCUUUACAAUUGGUUUUUGCAAUAGCGAUGUUAUUGGGUGUUGCCGUAUUGCCAGAAUCACCGCGUUGGCUUGCAAAGCAUAACAUGGACGACGAAUCAAUGCACAUUUUGUGUAGACUUAGAAAUGGAACAAGGGAUGAUGCUCAUGUUAUUCAAGAAUUCAGUGAGAUCAAAGAAGUCGUCUAUGCUCAAGAAGCUGGCGGCAAAUUUUCAUUCUGGGAACUCUUUAGAAAUGAUGAAAACAUGACAUUCUGGAGAACAUCAGUCGCUUUCCUCAGUCAGGCAUUCCAACAAAUCGGCGGUAUCAACUUGGUCACUUACUACAGUACAACACUCUUUCUUAGUAUUGGAUUGGACGAUACUAAAGCCAGAAUUGUCACCGCUGGUAAUGGUGUUGAAUACUUCCUAUCUGGGGUCGCUGCCUUAUUUGUUAUUGACAGAAUGGGUAGAAUACCGUUGAUGAUAACUGGAAGCUGCAUCAUGAUUGCUUCAUUAGUGAUGCUUGUUGGUUUCCAAUCAUCAGGUCGUAGUGACUUGGCUGUAGGUAGUGCUGUAAUGUUAUUUGUCUUCAACACUGGUUUUGCCUUAGGCUGGCUUGGUGUCACCUGGCUUUAUCCCGCGGAAAUUUCUACAUUAAGAUCACGUCACGCUGUAAAUGGUCUUUCUACAUGUGCAAAUUGGCUUUUCAACUACCUCAUCGUUCAAAUUGCACCAAUUUGUCUCGAUACGAUCAAGUAUAGGACUUAUAUCAUUUUCAUCGCAACCAAUACAUUCUUCAUUCCAGUUAUAUGGCUUUUCUUCCCAGAAACAAAAGGACAUAGUUUAGAGGAAAUGGAUAGAAUCUUCGUUAUGGCUCAUAAGCAACAUCGUAAUCCUGUCUUCGUCGAAAGAGAAUAUACUAAACAAAUUGGAAGUUACGGACAAGGUCUUGGAGAUCAGGAGAAGACGAAAGUUGCACACGUUGAACGAUUUGAUGAUCUCAACGGACAUGACUCAGAUUCUGAUAAACAACAUUUCACAAGGUAG